UUGAAUAAUAAUAUCUUCGAUGGAGAGGUCGUUGACUCCCGCUAUAACAUCUUUAGAAGAGAUCGCGAUGACAUUAACUCUUCUAAAGAGGACGGUGGUGGCGUCCUUAUAGCAGUAAAGAAAUCAUUCCAAGUUCUCCGACAGGCAUAUUGGGACAGUAAUUUGGAGGAUCUCUGGAUAUCAAUUAUACCGAAAAAUUGUAAUGCCCCUAAAAUCAAUAUAUGUGUCUGUUACCUUCCUCCCGAAUUAAAUUGUUUUAAGAGAGAUGAAUUUUUUUCUAAUUGUCAAAAGAUAUUGUUGAAUCACUGUAUAGAUGACAAAAAUAUAAUCGUUGGAGAUUUUAAUACACCUGAAUAUUCUCCUGUCUCUUCUGAUACUGACGGGCCAUCUUUCACCUCACAAAGUAAGAAACUACUACUCUUACAGGAAUUUAUGUCAAUUUGCAAUCUUCACCAGGGUAACCGCACCCCUAAUGAAAAAGGCCGAUAUCUUGACUUAGUACUAUCAUCAGAAAAUUUGUUGACAGUUACAGAAGCUGAUACGCUGAGUUUGAAAGAUGGACACCACCCUGCUUUGGAAUUUGAAUUCCCCUCUUUAUGUAAUACUCCAAAAAAUCUAAAACUUAAUAACAAAAAACGUUUGAACUUCGCAAGAUGUGAUUAUGACAGCAUAAGACAUGACUUGGAGUUAUUGGACUGGCACAAUCUUUUAUCGAGCUCUGAUGUAGAUGAAUGUGUAAACAUUUUUUAUGAACAACUCUUUGUAAUUAUUAACAAAUAUACGCCAUUAACAGCUAUGAGAUCUAAUAAAUAUCCCGUUUGGUACAGCAAACCCUUAAUAAAAUGUAUCGAAGAAAAAAAUAAAUACCACAAACUUUAUAAAAAAUUCAACAAUCCCCGAGAUUACGACGUGUUCACUUUACUGCGAGCUAGAGCCAAAAAAAUGAUAGAUCAUUGUUAUAAAAAUUAUGUUGCCUCUAUUGAAGAAUCAAUGACUGACAAUAUAAAGUCAUUCUGGACUUAUGUGAAUAAUAGAAAGGGCCGAGUCUCUAUUCCAAAUGUCAUGCAGUUUGGCAACUCUUCUUCUUCGACCGGUCAGGGUGUAUGUGAGCUAUUUUCAAAGUACUUUGCUUCGGUGUUUGAAUCGGAUCAGCAACUUAGUAAUUCCUCUGCUGCGAGUAACAAUAAUCUAGAGUCACCUGAGUGUAGUACCAUGGACUCCAUAUCUCACAUUAAUAUAUCUGACAGGGACAUCAUGACGAAGAUCAAGCUUCUUGAUGCAAGUAAAGGAGCUGGUCCUGACCAAAUACCUCCUUCAUUUGUUAAACGUUGUGGAAAAGAGCUAUGCACACCAUUAAGCAUCAUAUUUAACAAAUCCCUUACGAAUGGAGUUUUUCCCAUCAGUCAGCGCCUUGCGAGAGGUGUGAGCGCCGUGCCUCGGCAGAAUUCAGGGUGCAAAGGCCCGUUUGUGCUUAUGGCCGUCCACGAUACGGUGCCGGGCCUGGGCGUCUCCCGUUUAUGGACGCCCAUGUUAUGGAUGAUGGAGAAAAAGAUAGUGCGCAAAGGGCCGCUGCCUGGAGGUCGCCAGGGCGCGUCUGGAGCUGGCGCUGGACGCGACAGCAUGCGGGCCGCCAGCCGAGCGCGGGGUGUUGCAAGACCACCUAGCAGCCCCCCGCAUCCAUCAUCCCCACCAGAAGGCUUGGUGUCGGCUGGGUCUUCUCGGACUCAGCAAGCGGCACCCGCCGCUGGUGGAGCACGUCGCAUGCAUUGGUCUAAAUCAAUGAAUGAAAACGCACUGCGGGCGUAUUUUAGGCCAAAAGGGGAAGAAACUGGAUGUUUGGCGUAUCGGGCUCGGAUGCAUCGCUUUUUUGCAGAGCUGGAGCCAUCUCUAUCCGUCACUGAGCAAAACCUGGCAGACCGAGUUAGGUACAUCCUGCGCUCCAACAUAUUUGGUGACGCCGAACUCGAGCGACUACGACGUGAGGCUAUUCCUUCAUCGAAUGGAAAUGCUACGGCUGGGAAUGCGGCGCCACUAGAUGCGCAACAAACUGCAUAUGUGGAUGCUGCCGUCAACAUUCCAUUUGUGGCUAAUUCAGACGAUGAUGGAAUAGUCUCCCACGAACUAGAGAAAAUGAGGAGCAUAUUGGAAGAGUCGAUGCUGGAAACGCGCAGCAUGCCUCUCGAAAAUCGACCACGACUUCCCCGCAUACCCCUUAGCAAGCGAAAUCGGGCUGUCGUGCGGGCUCUUAACCCAAUGCUGGUCACCUAUUUGGAAGCCAGCCGGGACCUUUGCGAGACGGAUUCAAUUCUUUUUGGCGCCACACUGGCAGUAUGCCGUAUUAUUGGCGCCAAACUUCCCGUGGCUGGACGUGCUACUCAAAAAAGUAGCGCCAUCCCAGCCUGGAUAAAAAAGAAUUGA